AUCUUCUUUGGUAAGUUUUUUACAUCAAUCUCUUUAGUAUUAACAAUGUCAAAGAGUAAAGUCAUAGCUUCAAUGGAGUUCCAAUCAACGGUGGUAACCACCGUAGACUGUCAGAAACAAGUCCGGUCAUGGUGUCUCCUCCGCUCAUUCAUUCAGCUUCUAAUACCAACUUGCAACUGCACGUUAGUCCAAGAACUCGAACAAGAUAACCCUAACUUGGGAAGCAAGAAACUCUACAAUGACAUCAAAUCACGCACGUCUUCUUUUCGUUCCUCUUCGUCCCUUUCUUCGUCGACUGUCACUGGAACAAUCUUCGGAUACCGCAAAGGAAAGAUCAAUUUCUGUAUCCAAACACCAAGAAAAUCGACAAACCUCGAUCUUCUUCUAGAGCUAGCAGUUCCAACGACGGUUUUAGCUCGAGAAAUGAGAGAAGGAGCGUUGCGUAUAGUGUUAGAACGUCACAACGAAAAAGAAGACUACGACUCUGUUUUGUCAAAGCCAUUUUGGAACAUGUAUUGCAACGGAAAAAGAGUUGGGUAUGCGAGAAAACGCAGUCCGUCUCAAGAAGACAUGACGGCGUUGACCGCUCUAAGUAAGGUGGUGGUUGGAGCAGGAGUUGUGACUGGGAAAGAACUUGGCCGGUUCGAUGAUGAAUUGAUGUAUUUGAGAGCUAGCUUCAGACGAGUGAAUGGUUCGAAAGAAUCUGAAUCUUUCCAUUUGAUUGAUCCAGCUGGGAAUAUCGGACAAGAACUCAGUAUCUUCAUCGUUCCAUCAUCGGUCUGAGUUAAUUACCGCUGAAGUGAUCGUACAUAAGAGUUCUGUUUUCAAGUUUCUUUCCUUUUUUUUCUUUGGUCGAGAGAAAAGAACCUGUUUUUGAGUCGUGCUUAAAGCUUUUGGCUUUAGCUCUGGCUUUGUAUGUAAUCUACAUACCGAUUCGAUAGUCCAUUGAUUUGAGUUUUACAUUUUUAUCUUGUUGCUAUCAUUUCUGUACUACAUAAAUAAUGGUCUUGUCUUUAA